GCUACAGAGAUCCACUGCCUUCAGUCAUUGGUUUCCUCAAAUCACGUGUGUUGUUGUCAAGAUGGCGUCUCCGAAUGGAGGUGAGGACUUUGAGUCCUCUCUGCUGAGUUAUGAAAAACUUGAUCGGGCUUCACCUGACCUGUGGCCAGAGCAGCUACCGGGUGUCUCAGAAUUUGCUGCAUCCUUCAAAAAUCCUAUCACAAAUUCUCCGCCCAAAUGGAUGGCUGAACUGGAGUCAGAAGAUAUUGAAAUGUUGAAAGAAUUAGGAAGUUUGACCACAGCAAAUCUGAUGGAGAAGGUGAAGGGACUGCAGAAUCUGGCUUAUCAGUUGGGCUUGGAGGAGUCCCGAGAAAUGACGAGAGGGAAAUUCCUGAACAUCUUGGAGAGACCCAAAAAGUGAAGACCCAGAUGGUGACCGCUGACCUGUCGGGACAGCUACCACCUGAUUGUGAUCUUGUGAGGCAGAAAACAGUAGCAUGACACGUUAGCUUUUAAAUGCUUUCUAUACGAUUUGACUGAUAUGGGGUCAAAACAUCACAACAGCAAUGCAUCAAUAUAUUUUGUAUAUAUGUUCUCUUUAAAUGACAGGUGCUGAGUAGAAAGGGUAGGAUAGUGGUGUGCUAUUCAAUAAAUGUUCAUAAAUGUAUUUAUUUUUCACUCUGCCGUGUUUAAUACAGUGUAAUACAACUUUAAUCGUUUUAUUAAAAAUUCACUUUUGUUUAAAUGAAGUACAGUUGGUUGUGUUCGCCUACAUGCCCUGUCGGAAAAAAUGCUGAUCUUCCUAUUUUAUUUCAUUUUUUAGUACAUUUUUAACACUUUUGCUUUUUCCAUCUGCUAGUGAGGCUUUGCUUCCCAUUGGCCAACCAAUGACGUUUUCUUGAAAGUAGCUUCCAUGAAACAAUGAGGGAGUUCACAAAGUAGUGGUCAAACUUUUAAUUAGGGCAAUAACUUCAUGCCUGUGCCACUCCAGCGACUGCUCCAUUAACGUCCCUCUUUAGCUUUGGACAUGUAAAAGGCUUUGACAUGAGAGUGCUUCCAUGCCAGUGCAAGGCCAUUUUAUCUAUUUAAUGGGAAUUGGAAGUUUUGAAGGCCCCCAGUACAAAACAUUGCGUAAAAAUAAUAUUGCUCAUUGUCAUCCCUGUUAACAAGAGUUGACAUAAUUACUAGGGCCAUUUCUUCUCUAAUUAGCACACUUCCAGGGACAUUGGCGCGAACAGUCUGGGAGAAAAGGGAAUCAGACAGGCAUGCUGAACUGCAAACAAAGAACGCUCUGGCGAGCGUAAUUAGGUGAGACAGUGGCCAGGACUGUUCUCGGCUGGAGAUGUCGUAGAGGCUGCGGUUGGCGAGUGUUCGCUCCUGCUCCCACCAAUUCUUUGGUGUGCGCCUCUCCCCCAGUGUCUAAUAAGCCCCUAAUUGUCUUUCUGAUUCACAUAGAACAAGGGAGCUGCUGGUUUAAACCAUUCAAAACUGGUGUCUGAUGCCGCUCUGGAGGCCCCACAUUUGCCCCUUAUUUUUUUAACUGUCAAGCUUUAAAACAAGUUUAAAGAGAAGUGAGUUGCAAAUUCUCUGGAAAACAAACUUGACCUCUGGCAAAUAGUCUCACAUACGUAUAUUUAUCUCUGUACUGUUGUUGAUCUUUUAUUAAAGGCCCCAAAAUACUUCAAGCGAAA